GGAGAACACCAUAGAAAUUGUAUUUUUUCGCAACAAUGUCGAAACGACUUUCCUAACUUGGAAAUGGUGUGGUUACGACGCAAACGACUUUCGCGUUCGUUUACAAGACUCGUCGAACAGCGAAAGUCUAUAAAAAAAGAGGAUCUUAUGAAAAUAAUAUUUAAUAGCCCCCUAUUUAUCUCUCGACGUUAAUGGCUCUUUUAAAUAAUUAUUCCGUUUCUCAAGAAGAUUAAUGUUCAGCAUCUAAUGUACGAUUUGAAAUCAUCGCGUGUCGAUACCUGUAAAAAAAAUAUGAAUUAAAAUGAACAACUUGGCGCGUGUAAUUCAAGUUUUACGACGGCGCUUGGUCGCGUCUCUACUUUUUUUUAUCAUCGUGGACUUAUCGUUAAUCCUUGAACGGUCGUACAACCGCAUAAAACUGCAGAUAAGGGAAGCAUUAGCACGGCUCUCAUGAUGCUCGCAAUGUUGCUUAACAUGUUUUACAAUCGAGGCAUUUAAAUAUCGAGCGCUGCUCAUAGAGACCUUUGCUGCGGAGACGAGAAAGAAAGGAACGCGUCAUUCCGCGGAAUCGGAACAUUGUUAAAUUUCAAGAAUUUAGACCCUCGGUCUUCGACAGAUUUUAAUAAGGAAUAAAUUCCUCGAGCCGUGUAGACAUGUAAAAAAAAAGAAAUGAAUUACACGGAGACAUCAACGUGAUCGACUCGCGACUGUCCCUUCUCUUCGUCCUUCCGCCUGCGCUGGAGGAUGCGCGUCCUGAACGGCCAAUUGAAAUACGCCUGUCGUGUAUCGAAGGGCUCCUGAAAGAGAGCCAGUCGUCACGCGUGUGGUGUUAAAUAAAGAGGGGGGAAGAACACAAUACGCACAUGCCGCGCGACUUGUUCUAUUACUCCUAAGGCGGGACCGUUUCUUCGCAUGACAGUAUGCAUUGCAACUUUAUGACACAUCUAAGGUAUCAUCGUUUGCGGUAUAUCGUUUCCAUGGAACGCAGAGGAUAAUGUUCAUUGUGGCAAAUUUUGCUCAUAUUCGCCGCGAUGUCGAAGAGAAGAGAACGCGUUCUGUUUUUUAUAACACGGUUGCUACAAAAAUUCCGGAUUUUACAGACUUGACGAUGUGUUUUGAGAUACCAUCGGCUACAAAAAUUUUUUAAAGUUUAGACAAAAAUUGAUAUAAAAAGUAAAAAGAGGAGAUAAGAAAAAGGAAACACGUUAUUGCGCCCUAAAAAAAAAAAAAAAGGAAGAAAGAGAGCAAGAGAAGAGCAAGAUGUGAAGUCUCCUGUCGUCAAUCUUUUAUUGUUUUAUCGCGGGGUUGGUGGUCUCCGAUUGAUGGGUGAUGAUGACAUGUGAUUUAUGAUGCAGUGUGAUACGGUGACGUAAGAUUUGGUGUGCAGUAUACAUUAACUCGUCGGUGCUAAAGAUUGAAAGCAACGAUAAAAAGAGAUAACGAAGAUCUCCGUUCGUGAGCUUCGCCGAUGUGUUCGCAGCGAUGAAUCGGAAAAAUGCGACGUUUCGUUUCGCGAUCUAAUAUAUAUGUGUGUACAUGUGUGUGUAUAAGAAUUACGUGUGUAUAAAAAUUACGUGUGUAUACAAAUUAACGUAAUAUACAUUGGUAACAAUCGAUUAAUCGAAUGAAAUGUCAUUUGCCGAUUUUCACAACGUCUUGAUAUUACAAUUAUGCACGAUUGUUUCACCUCGCGAUAUUCGUUUAGCGAUUAGAUAUACCUCGAUGCAAAAAUAAUUUGCAUCCGAAUUUCUCUCGUUAUUAAAAUUGACACGAACGAUGUGAGGUCGAUGAAAUGUAUGAACAAAGUCUCUUAAAUGAUAAUAUUAUAAAUAUUGCCCUUAGUAAUUAGCCUUAACAAAUUGUACCAUACUUUUUAUUUGAUAAAAAGAUAUAAAAAUACAUAUAAACGAAUAUAAUAAAAAAGAACAUUAUGCUCUUUAAAAAAAUAUUCUUUCUUUUCAAGAUAUAGUAUAUAUUAUGAUGUUUACAGGAAAAAGAGAAAAAAAAGAAGGGAUAGAAAAGAGCAAAUUACAUAAAAAGACAUUUAAUUGAUUAAUUGUUUUAUAUGUAAUUAAUUUUAUGAAUAAUUAUGAUAAGCCACUGAAUAUAAACUGUCAAGGGACCUAAAAUACUGCUGUAUUUCGUACUUUAAGCGAUAAACUCGUUUUUCCACUUAUUGCCAAUAAUUUCACUAAAGUGUUGAUUAUCCUAUCAUUUAACAAUUACAUUCACGGCCUAAUUGCGCGAUGUUAAGUUGAAUAUAAAAUAAUUACAUUUCAUAUAAGCAUGCAUCUGCAAGAUAAAAGUUUUUAAUACAGGAUCUUUUUUUUCGAUGUUCGAUUGCUUCGAAGGUUUUAUGCUUUCAACUUCUUUCUAACUCCGCGCGAUUGUGAAUUUCCGUGCAAGUAAAGAGAGAGAGAGAGAGGAGAGAGAGAGAGAAAGAGAGAGAAAGAAUGGAAAGGUGGGACAAGGGGAGCGUGCAUCGCGUGCGAAACGUAAUUUCUCCCUUUUUCGUGUAUUCUGUGUGUAUCGUACAGCACGUACGAGAAACGGUCGAUGAAAAUCGAUAGGAGAAACUUAACGAAAAAAAGAAAGAAAAAAAAUAUACCAUCUAGAACGGUUAACAUGUAGCGCACGAAGCUUUGCAAUUAUUGCCUUCCCUUUCGUGAGUGCGAUCGUCUCUCUUCGAUUCGUUCUCCCCUACGUAUGUAUUAUUUGCGUCGUGAGACUUUGUUCAACUUCAUCGACCAAAACUGAUAAAGUAUACGGUUGGCUCUUCAAUACUUAAUUACUUCCCCCUGCACUCCCUCUCUUCGUUCCCCUUCAAUCAUAAUUAUUAUCGUAGAGUGUGUGUCUCGUGAAUGGAAGGAAGGACAGGAUGUACUGCUCAUCUGUGAAUACUUUUAAAUGCAACUGGAACACGAAAUUGCUCCGACGAGAUUUAAUUUACCGAGCGUUCAAAAAAUUCCUCAUGUCGCUCAAUCGUAACGCGUAAAAAAAAGAAGAAAAAAUGCGAUCACAUGAUCAACAUUCGGACGUCACGUUAAAGCCGCGAAGGAAGAAACUGUCGUUGAAAGAAAAAUCCGAUCAAUCGUCCAUGCGAUCAUCUCGUUGGCCCAGAGUUACGAUAUCCCGCGACAAACAGUCACAUAGUGAGUCCAAUGAUCCCGAAAGGACCUUAUUCCGAUUCGGUUCCACGGUUAACGACCCCAACAUAGUCGCUUGCGACAUCGUCGAACUUCUCUGCGACGCGAGUAACGAAGAAAGGCCGACCUGUCCGCGUAUCUCCAGCUCGACGGAGCUCGAGGAACAAGCUAAGGGCGUGUGUUUCACAUGCAAAGAUUGCGCGAAAUGUCAGCUACAGCAGCAGCAGCAGCAGAACUGCGCCGCCGCAAAAAUACACAAGACGGAAGAAAAAGAGGAUCAGGACGAAGAAUUGAAACACUUGGAUUAUUACGAAGUCGAUGUUGUCGGCGGCGAGACGGAUUCCACGAUCGCCUCAGUUGAACACGAGAAAGCUCCGAUUCUCGUUGAUCUGACUAGCGAGGAAUCGAGGAAAACCACCUGGAAGCAGACGAUCCUGAAGCGAUUCGACGACACCGAAGAGAGCUCGGAGGUGUCGGAACCUCGCAUCAUGAUAGCCGACAGUUCCAGCAGGUUGCAACGCGGCGGCACGGGUGGCAGCCUGGCGACCGCCUUGAAGGAUCGCGGCUCUUGCGUGAUCCCCGUACAGCCUAAUCGCUCCCUGCCGAUCCGACCGGCACCGCCGACGCCGACGAGGUCGGCGGCGUCGCUUGUGACGUCGCGGAAGACGUCGCGCUCACCGAUACUCAAACUGUCGAACUCGCAAGCGUCGAAUUGUGUCGACGUCGUCGAGGUGCAAUCGGACAUAUCGUCCUCGAUGUUGACGGACGAUCUGAAUCAAUUCCCUCCUUUUGGGCAGCAGGAUGGAAGCGAAAUGAUGCUCCCGCUCGAUCGCUCGGAUUACAUUCUACCACGUAUUCCGACUAAUGCCGUACAGACUACGAAAGAGAUCAACAAUAUUAAGAAAAAAAACGGCGAAGAUAGAGACAGAGAAUACGAGAAAGAACUCAACAAAGACGUGAAGAAACGGAGGAAAUCCCACGAAAUGGACGCCGGCUAUGUAUGCGACGAACGCGUCAAGAAUAUUUUGAAAGAGUAUUCCAAAAGCUGUUCGAAUAAUUUGAUCGACAAAGGAGAAAGGAGAUCGCAACAGCACGUGGUGAUAAGACUGUGGGAUGAUAGAAGAUAUUCGUCAUCCGUCGUGGUAUCAACGACGGAGCCAGAGGGGGAAACAACGAAGGAAAUUUGCAACAAAGUUGUGCCGCCCUUAAGACUGAAGAAAAUCGUGGGCGAAGCGAGCACUACCAACGAAUAUCGCAAUAUUGAGAUGAACGCCGGGAAGUCGGGGAACGAGCCCAAUUAUCGCAUCGUCACUGGUGCCACGCCACGUCCGGAAUCGCCGUCCGGGUACUCCGCCACUUCCUUUUGGAGCAGCAUAAUCUCGGAGACAGAGCUUGGCGAAUCGUCGACGCGAGACAAGAGUCGACGAUCCUCGCCGAAGAGUGACGGCUACAAGAUCAAAUAUCGUCGCAACCGUUUGCGUCAGAAGUUACAAGAAUUACGCGGCAAGGCAUUGGAACUUUCACGGGAGAUGGCCGAGUGCAACAACGCCGGCGACACGAGCCCGCAGCGUAGUACUCGGCUGCGUCAGAUGAUGAAUUGCUACGAGAAGCAGAUCGAGAAUAUCUCGAAGUUGUUGUGCAAACUGUCCGCUUCUAUACCAUCGACGACCGAUGACGACGUUGUCGUCGAUCUCGACUAUGAGUUGGACGAGCGCUCGAUUUCAGUCGAGACAACCGUCGACAGUGAUAUCGCGCAGGUAAACGGAGUAUCCAGAAGCAGUAUUUCCCCGUCUCCUUCCCCGGAACCACCAAAGCUGUCACCUCGUUCUCCUAUCGACUACGAGAGAGGUAAAUCGCCCGAUGCAAUGAGAGAUAGUCCACCAGUGCUACCCAGAGUUUACAUCGCGAUCCAGCCAACUGCUCUGGAGUGUCCGAAGCAAAAUUUUAAAUCUACCUCCGAGAGCUGGCACGUAGGCGACAGCUCGUCAAGCUUGACGAUCGAAAAGGAUGUGAAGAUGAAUGAUACAAAUCGAACAAUAAUUCGCGAUAGUGUAACAAGAGCACCUGCAAUUGUAUCUUCGGUUUCAUCGUUGGAGUUCGAAGGUGCGGGAAGCAGUACGGCAGAGUGGGACAGAGAAGAGGCUUUGCCAAAACUGAAGAAUUCGGAAAUCAAGGAGAAGAUAACAGAGUAUAACAAAACGUUCGACGACGUUCAUCGACAAGUAAUUUCGCCAAUAUCUUCGGACAACUUUUUGAUAGGUUCAACAAUGGAUCUCGAGAUAGAUGGAAGCGACAUGAGAGACAUAAAGGAAGGACCAGCUACUCAAAUUGAUCAUCUCGACGAAGUAACUCAUAUCUUGAAAACCGUCGCGAACAAACAGACUGCUUGCGAAAAACAGGAACCGGAUCAAAGAUCGAACGAGGCUUUAUCGUCAUCGAGUCCGCCGAUUGUCGAAGAAACUAGAAAGGUCACGGAAUAUGGAAGCUACAAUUCGGAGGAAAGUAUUAACAGCGAGGGUAAAGCGGUCGUGAACGCGGUCACUGCUGCACAGGAUGCUGUGUCAACGAUAGCAACUGGACAACCGCAAAUACCGACCGCUAAUGUGACUAACAUCUUACAACUGCAGUCAAAUUAUUAUGGUCCGUCCGUCGCGCGAGACAACGUAGUUUUUACGGGCGUCAUACAGAAUUCAAGGGAUGCGCAGAAGAUGAUGGCAUCAAGUAUGAAUCAAUCUGUGGCACUAGAUCCAACAAUGUCCUUGGGAUUCACUCAAUCUGGAUCUACCGUUAGUAGUUCGAAUCAACAAUGUGUCGUCUUGCCUAACAGCUGCAGCAGCAAAGUCAUUCAGGAGCCUACUAGUCAACGAAACAACGGAAACCGCAUUAUAACAGAACAAUUUCCUACAUUGGGCAAUUGGGUAGCACGAAUGUCAAAGAAGCAGGCUGCCAAAUCAAAGUCCAAAUUACAAUCUGGAAUUACUUUACCAACCGCGUCGACGGGGGAAGCUGUUCGUGUUCCCGGACUAGAGGCACAAAAGACCCGUGCAAGUGCAUCGAGUAACGCGAUACGAAACAAUAUAAUCAACGUAGCACCGCAAUGGAAUACGGAAAGAUGGCAGCGUCAACAGUAUCAGCAACGUCAGCAACAAUUGUACGCGGCAGCAUCGUCGGCUGCGCCUGUGAGGCCGGGUAUCUGUCCCCCCAUCUCGGUUACCCAGUUCUAUCCACCUAAUUAUGCGAUUGAUCCUUACGGUGGCGCAGCUUUUGGUUACCACUCAGCAAUAUGUCCUUAUGGCGAUUACUCUUAUCACUCACGUCUGCAUUCCACUACAUCAUCGAUAAGCGGUUAUCCGAUAAGUUUGCAGGACUCACACCCCGCUGCGCCGCUUCGCCAAAUGCAGCAUCUCGAUAAGCGUUUCCCCGCGCACAUUCAGGACGCGGCAACUCGCCACUAUACCCCUACGGAUCUCCUUAAGUUUCCUGCUUCAUUAUCCGCGGGCGGCUAUCAGCAUGCCGCCGCUGCCGGUCUGGACUAUGAUCAUCGACUGAGAACGGCAACGGCCGCCACGCAGAACGGCGCCUCAUCGGCUUGUCUGCCGUCGCUCUUACUACCGCCACCCCCGUCGUUGGCAGCCACCGCACAACACGGUACCUUGGCGCGUACUGCUCUGACCGGCUAUUCUGCCGCGAACAACAGUCAAUGUGGCAGAAAUAGGAUGAUUCCGGAUGUCGUUGCUGCGGCGGCGGCAGCCGCAGUAGUUGCGGCGGCCUCCCUUGGCCGACAACGCGGCACGGUUCUACCGUCGUACGGUAGAACCGACGCGGAAAUUGUAUCUGGCGGUAUCGGUGGCGUUAUGGGUAACGAAUCCUCGCAGUUGCUGGCAGCAAAUAGGCCGGCGGCCAGUCGCGAGUGUUUACCACAAGAACCGGUGCAAUCCGUUGCUGGUGUCAACAUAGAUUCGCGACUGAACAAUGGUGGUUACCGUCAACUACAGAAUCUCAUUUUGGAUCGAUUACCUUAUGUGAAGACGGACGAUGUCUCUUAUCCUCAGCCGUCUUCGGCCAUUUUCGGUGACAAUGCGCAGGAAUCAACGUCUUCGGUGCCCACGUCGACUUCAUACAAAUCCGCUCCGGUUUUGACAUCCAACAGCGCGUUGGCUGUCAAGGAACCUACGAGGAAAGAAAGCCGUAACUGCGAAACACCACAUUUGGGAAAGGUGAACCGCACUCUGGAGACUACGAGCAAUUUAGAGUGCUCCAAUUGUGGUCUAACCGGUUCCAUGUUCAAGUGCCUGGGCUGCGAGGCAGCCUUUUACUGCGAUGAGAGAUGCCAAACUCGUCACUGGAGUAUUCAUGUGGAGAAGUGCCCCAAGAGAAUGCCUAAGCUGAAAAAACUUGUUUAGGAAUAUUAUAGAAGUAACAGAAAUCGAUGAUUUGUAAAUAAAUUAAUAUCUAUAUAUAAGAUAUCAAAUGAAAAAUAUUUAUAAUUAAGAUAACUAACUAAGAAAUGUGUGAAUGGAUGUAUUAUUGUUUCGAUAUCUGCAUUUUCACUGAUAACUUAUGUAUUUCUCUAGUCAGAGUAUUAUAAUGAAUGCAAAAGUAUUCUAUCUUGCAAACGCAUCAGAAUUUACACCACAAAUGUGAUAAAGUGUGCCUAAUUGUAAUACAAAUACUUAUUGUAACUUUAUAGUGCAUCAUGCACAGUUUAUAUAAUGUUUCGUUUUGUAAAUUAUGGACAUACAAAGAGAGUUCAGCAUACUAUAUAUCUUACUAUUAUAUACGUAAACGGCAUAUAUAUUAUGCAAUAAUUAUAUAAUGCGAAAAUGAUAUAUGCGCGUCAAUAUAUAAAUAUUAUGUGUUGUAACAGAUGUUACGAACGUGCUACCUCUCAUGUACCUUAUAUGCAUAGUCAUAUUGAUUUGAUUAGAAUCUCUUGUUUUAUUAAGAUUCCUGGAGAAUCUCUUGCAUUGUAGCCACGUUGAGAAUCAUAACAUCCAAAGCAAAAAAUCAUUUUUUUUGUUGCUUUAUAUAACGAAAAUCAAUUGGUUUUUAUCAAUUCAUAUUAUUAAACACAAAUAAUGUGAUCUAUGGAAAAAUUAAUUUAUUUUGAUAAUUAAUAUUUUUAUAACUUAAGGAAAAGAUUCACAUAUUUUUUUAACUUUCUCUUUCUUUUUCUUUCGUAAUCGAACGUGGCUAUAAUGAAAAGUCAAAAGAUUUACUGUUAAAAGUCAGUAAUUUGAAAAAUGGAUUAUUAUCGAAAACAUAUGGUGUGCCACUCAGAAAGAAUAUAUGAGAGAAAGUAUGUUUUGAUGCCAUCAAGAAAGAAAAGCUAGUAAAACUAUAUGUUUCUUAUUCUUAUAUAUUCUCAACAAUAUUUUAAAAAGUCUUUAAGGAAUAAUGCCUAGCAUAUAUUUGUUUCAAUAUUUUCUUCAAAUUGUUAUAUAUGCAAAAUCAACCAAGUUUUUAUACUUUUAUAAAAAUUUGUAAAGAAAUUGCAGCACUACAUUUGCUUAAAUGCAAAUAAACGGAUAGAAAAUAAA